AUGAGCGUAAAUUCUACAAACCUGAGUACGAUUUCUCCCGAUGAGAUCGAAGUCAACAUCAACGCCGUAAAGCCCUCCGCUUCUACAGAAACUACCAAUACAAAUUCAACAACUGAUUCAGACAGACAAGUCAUUCACUGCGCUGAUGGUGUGCUUUAUGCGGACGAAAUAGAAGAAUCAGACGACGAUGAACAGUGCGACUGGCUUGAAUACAUGACGAUGGAAGGGAAACCCGAAGAAAUGUCCUGGCCUAAAUGGAUGGCCUACAAAGCUGCUCGAGCAGCUGGGCAUACUCUCAAAUACAUGGACUCCUGGGGCGAAUCUUUAGCUAACGACUUCGGGCUCAACAAAGACCCAUACAAAGAGCUAAUCGACCGACACAAAGAAUUAUUCGAAAAUGAAGAGGCAGUCACAGGCCUCGGCGAGCCGAGUGCAGAUCCCAUCGAAAACCAGCCAAAAGCAGAACCUGUUUAA